UCAUAGUAUCCUCUUCCUAGUCAACUUAAUAAGUAGUAUUUGGUCAUUUUCUUUGGGGAGACAUUUCGCAAACUGGAAUUCCAAACUCUGUGGGAUGCCGAUGCUCAUUUUCCCCAGGUCAGGACCACCAGUGCUACUUAGGACUCAAAAUUUUUUUUUAAAGGCAUUUUCAAAGUUGGUUAAUUAAGUUGAAACUAAAUGAAGACUUCAGAAGCACCUGGGUUCUAAUUCUGACUCCGCCACUUUGCCGUGUGAUCUUGGAUUUGUAAAACAGAAGAGGAACACGGAACAAUAUUUGUAGACAAAACUUAUGGAGGAAGCAAAAGAAGACACCACUGAUGAUUAUUAAAAGGAAGGACUUGAAUGUGAAGUAAUCAGUGUGAAUGGCUUUACUAAGAUGUUAUUACAGAGGGAUUAAAACUAUCUCCAAGCCCUGGUGGCUCAUAAUUAUUUUUUCUCUACAUGUUUAUGGGGGCGGGAAGAAAUACACUGCUAUUUGUGGAGGACGAAAUUGUUCAGUUUGCCAAUGCUUUCCUGAGAAAGGAUCACGGGGCCAGCCAGGAGAGCUUGGACCACAGGGUCCUAUCGGACCAUGCGGAGUUCCAGGACCCCCUGGGUUGCCAGGAGAGAAAGGAAUGAGAGGGGAUGAUGGAUUUGCGGGAGCAGCUGGAGAAAGGGGAGAUAAGGGCCCAACAGGAGUUCCUGGCUUUCCAGGUUUGGAUGGUGUGCCUGGCUACCCAGGACCUCCCGGAUCAAGAGGUAAACCGGGUUUAGAUGGCCAAAAUGGUUCAAGAGGAGAUCCAGGCAUUCCUGGACAGCAUGGAUACCCAGGGCCAAUUGGCCCAGCUGGUCUACCUGGGCAAAAAGGAGAGAAAGGAACCUCAGCAUACAUUGCAGUGAAAGGCCCACCUGGAGAUCAAGGUAUCCCAGGACCUCCUGGCUCACCUGGACCAAAGGGCCCAAGGGGAGCAAAGGGCGGUAUGGGGGUUCCGGGUAAACCAGGUGCAGAUGGUCCUCAAGGCCUUCCUGGAAUGCCAGGUGUGCAGGGCAAUCCAGGAGUUGGCAUUAAAGGACAAACUGGAGAUCCAGGCGAAGUUGGACAUCAAGGGCCUCCAGGGCCACCCCUAUUGGUUGGGCCUCCAAGUUCACGUCUCCACAAAGGAGAAAAAGGCACAAAAGGGAUGCCUGGAAAAAGUGGCCUCCCUGGCCCAGUUGGAGCUAAGGGUGAACCUGGAAGUGGAGUGAAGGGAGAGAAAGGUAUUCCUGGAUUUCCUGGUCUUCGGGGUCAUUCUGGUUCCUAUGGAUCCCCAGGCUCUCCAGGAUUAAAGGGGGAACCUGGAGAAGUUGGCAUUCCUGGGAAGUUUGGAUUUCCAGGCAUAAAGGGAGAUCCUGGAGACCGGGGGGAACCAGGGCCACCAGGUAUUAUGGUAACUCCACCUGUUCCACUGAAAGGACUUCCAGGAGAUCCGGGAGUUCCAGGUCGCUAUGGAGAAAUGGGAUCAGUUGGAAAGGUUGGCCCACCUGGUCCCUCAGGUAAACCAGGUGAAGACCGGGCAGUAGGAGUGACAGGGCCAAUGGGAUCCCAAGGAGCACCGGGGGUUCCAGGUCCCCCAGGGGAAGUUGGUGUCCCUGGAAAAGCAGAUGCCCCACAGGGAAAGCCCGGGAAUCCAGGAUACCCAGGCAUACCAGGAGCACGAGGAGAGCAGGGUCUGCCUGGACCAGACGUUGUGUUCUGUACUGCUGGGCCUCCUGGACCUCAAGGAAUGAAAGGAAAAGCAGGACCUCCAGGAAGAAGCGGUGUGAAAGGUGAAAAAGGAAAUGAAGGUGCCUGUGCCUGUACCCCCUGUGUCACUGGCCUACCAGGGACUCCAGGGCUCCCUGGAAGAAAAGGAAGGAAAGGAGAGCUGGGAUUUCCUGGGAGACUUGGAGAAAAAGGUGACAAAGGCUCUCCCGGGGCAAAAGGAUAUCCAGGACCAUCUGGCAUACCUGGUACCUUGGGAAUGUCUGGGCCAAAAGGAGAAAAGGGAGACAGAGUUAUCCCCAGAAUAAAAGGAAGAAAAGGAGAAAGAGGCUCCCAAGGACUGCCUGGAUUUCCAGGACUUCAAGGACAACCAGGGCAGGAUGGAAUUGAAGGACCAGUAGGAUUACCUGGAUUGCCAGGGGAUCGAGGAGGAGCAGUUCCAGGUGCUAAGGGAUUUCCUGGACACCAAGGAGCCCCUGGGAAGACUGGACCUAGGGGUCCUUCGGGUUUGGGGUUUCCUGGACGACAGGGCAUGAGAGGCAUCCCAGGAGACCGAGGCACUGUUGGUGACAGGGGACCACCUGGUGCAAAGGGCCAGAAAGGUGACACAUUUCCUUGUGCCUCAGAUUUUCCUGGAAAUCCAGGCCCACCAGGAUUUCAAGGUCCUCCAGGCCCAAAGGGAAUUCAAGGACCCCCAGGUCCAGCUGGACCCCAUGGUUUUGACGGGGCCAAAGGCCAAAGAGGCAAGCCAGGAAUUUCCAAACUGCCAGGACCAGCCGGCUUUCCUGGUGACAAUGGAGAUCCAGGUUUUGAAGGUGAAAAAGGAUCCUCACCAGAUGGUCCUCAGGGUUUUCCCGGCUCACCUGGUAUCAAUGGGCAAAAAGGUAUGCCAGGUGAUCCUGCUUAUGGCCACCCAGGACUUCCAGGAAUUAAAGGUUCUGCAGGAUUUCCCGGGCCUAAAGGACUUAGAGGUGACCCGGGAUAUCCUGGAUCUCCAGGAGAGGCUGGUACCCCAGGACUUCCAGGAACCAAAGGAUUUAAAGGCCAAAAAGGGCAUAAUGGACCUCCGGGUUCUCCAGGUCCACCUGGACACUUAUGUGAGAAAGGCUCACCUGGGUUGCCAGGACAACCAGGGCUCCCUGGGCCACAAGGUAAUCCAGGUUACCCUGGCUUGAAAGGCCAGCAAGGAGAUGUGGGUCCCCCUGGACCAGCUGGAAUGAAGGGUCUUCCAGGAGCCCCAGGAUUGAAUGGAUCAUCUGGUCCCCCAGGACCACCAGGAAAUCGAGGGCAUUUGGGGGAUGACGGGUUACCUGGAUUUCAGGGCCCAAAGGGUGCCCAAGGACUGCCAGGUAUCCCAGGCUUUCCAGGCGAGCAAGGGAAGAAAGGGCAAGCAGGACACCCUGGGAGAAAGGGUGAACGGGGAGGAGAUGGUCAUCCUGGCCACCCAGGAGACAAAGGGGACUGGGGACCUAAAGGUGAAAAAGGACUUCCUGGAGAUGAAGGUAGUAUUUCUGUGAUUUCCAGAAAGGGAGAAAAAGGAGAAUUAGGUCCGCCUGGAGAAUUUGGAGUCCCAGGAGAAAGAGGCGAUAAAGGGUCUUCUGGACUCCAAGGGGAAGAAGGAUUAACAGGAAGAGAUGGACUUCCAGGAUUUCAGAAAGGUCAUCCUGGUCCAAGUGGCCAGCCUGGAUUUCCAGGACCACCUGGCUUCCCAGGCUCUCCGGGCUCAAGAGGAGUAUUUGGUUUCCCUGGACUACCAGGUGAUCCGGGAGCUGAUGGUUCACAGGGCAUACCUGGACCUUCAGGACCUAUUGGAGUCAAAGGCCCUAAAGGGAAACGAGGGGAUUCAACCAGUUUAUUUGGCCCAAUGGGAGAAAAAGGAAGACCUGGAAACCCUGGAUUUGCAGGUAAUUUUGGACCCCCAGGAGACCUGGGUUUGCCUGGGACCCCAGGGGAUCCUGGAACCCCAGGAAUGCCAGGACCACCAGGAUACCCAGGACAACCUGGCUUUCCAGGUACUCAGGGGACCCCUGGACAAAGAGGAAUUCCAGGAGAAAUAGGCGAUCCUGGGAUCCCAGGACCCGUUGGAGAUCAAGGACUGGCUGGGCUCCGAGGCAUGAAAGGGUUCUCAGGAAUUCCAGGAUUAAAUGGUUUGCAUGGACUCAAGGGGCCAAAAGGAGCGAAAGGUUCACCAGGUUUCAUCGGAAGAGGACCACCAGGUUUUGCUGGAUUGCCUGGCGCAAAAGGGGAAAAGGGAGAACCAGGAAGGGCUGGACUUUCUUUUCCAGGUCCUUUUGGUGAAAGAGGACCUCAAGGUCCCCCAGGGAGGCCUGGACUUCAGGGAUCUGGAGGUCCUAAAGGAAGAACACCUGAAGGUGAAAUUUCUUAUCCUGGUCCUCAAGGAGAUAUAGGCUUUCCUGGCCCUGAUGGUAUACAAGGUCCACCAGGGUCUCCAGGUCAACCUGGAGGUGUUGACUUUUGGAAAGGGAGUCCAGGUGAUGAUGGCUUGCCAGGACCACCAGGACCCUCUGGCCCACCAGGACCUCCUGGACCAAAAGGCAUCCCAGGAUGUGAAGGAAGAGAUGGCCAAAAAGGGCUAAUGGGACAUCCUGGUCUUCAAGGUCCACCUGGAUGUCCUGGGCCACAUGGAGAUAAAGGGAGUCCUGGACCCCCGGGGACUCCUGGGUCACCUGGUCCCACAGGGGAUCCUGGCCUACCUGGAGAUAUUGCAGAUUGUCCCAAAAUCCCCGGGCCCCCAGGGAUUCCAGGUUCAAGAGGACCAGAAGGACGCAUGGGAUUUCCUGGUCCAAGAGGACCCCCAGGCUUACCAGGACUUAAAGGUGAACCAGGGCCGGAUGGCCAGAGAGGUCAAGAUGGCUUUGCUGGAUCCCCGGGAGCACCUGGACAAAAGGGAGACUCAGGUGAACCAGGCUGUGAUGGGCCACCAGGUCCCCCUGGCCCAACUGGCGAUCCAGGAUCCAGAGGGCCGAGAACUGAAUACCUUAACGGAUUCCUUCUGGUUCUCCAUAGUCAGACAGACAGAGUACCUUCAUGUCCUGAUGGAUUGCCCAAGUUGUGGACUGGGUACAGUCUGCUUUAUAUAGAAGGCCAGGAGAAAGCACAUAAUCAAGAUCUGGGUCUCGCGGGAUCUUGUCUUCCCAUGUUCAGCACGAUGCCGUUUGCUUACUGCAACAUCAAUCACGUCUGUUUCUAUGCCAGGAGAAACGAUAAAUCCUUUUGGCUAUCAAGUUCUGCUCCUCUGCCCAUGAUGCCCCUCUCUGAAGAUAAAAUACAGCCGUACAUUAGCCGGUGUGUGGUGUGCGAAUCCCCGGCCCGGGCCGUGGCCGUUCACAGCCAAGAUGAAUCCAUCCCACCAUGUCCGGUAUCGUGGAGAAGCCUCUGGAUAGGUUAUUCUUUCCUAAUGCACACAGGAGCUGGAGAUCAAGGAGGAGGACAGUCCCUCGUGUCCCCUGGAAGCUGCCUUGAAGACUUCCGAGCAGCCCCCUUCAUUGAAUGCCAAGGGCGGCAGGGAACGUGUCAUUUUUUUGCCAAUGAAUACAGCUUCUGGCUAACGACAGUGAAACCAGAAUUACAGUUUUCACCAGCUCCCUCACCAAGCACCUUAAAAGAUGGACAGGCACAGCGCCAAAAAAUCAGCAGAUGUCAGGUCUGCAUGAAAUACGGUUAAAGAGAGAACCCACAAUGCCCGGAGAAACUUCUUGGAGAAAGAAGUGAGAGGUGCUAAAGAAUUGAAUAGUAUUUUAUCAUAGCAUUUCAUUGAAAAAUAUUCCUUUUAUUUAAAUAUUGUCGUUCAAACAAUAUUGCACAUCUUUUUCUUCUCCAGUCUACCUAGAGGAAGCCAGUACUGCACCGAUCGAUUUGGUUGGGCCUGCCCUCCUAAGUAAAACACUAGCAUUAUUGUUAAUUGAAUUAUGGCGGGGGAGGAGUUGGCUUUCUUCAAAAUAUAUGUUAAUGCUCAGUAAAGCAAACACAUUAUAAAAGGCCAUAUUGCCAAUAGUUUCACUGGAAAAUCCAUUUGUUGACGAAUAAAGUCUCAGGCAAUUGAAAGUAGAUUCCUCCCACAGUAUGCUUUUGGUUGAAUUGUACGGGAGAAAGAAAAAACAAAACAAAAAGACUUGGAAGAUUGACUCUCGGAAGUGCCACUUAUACUGGAUUUUCUUAUCCACUGUCUUCUUUAUGCAUGUACAAAUAGCCAAAGAAGAAAAUCACUUAAAACAAUCCUUUUAAGGAUGAACACCCAGAUAUGUCGAGUCAGCCAUGGUGGCUGUUCAUGGUAACACCGCAUUUGUAUAAAACAAAAUCACAGAUGAGCACAAAACACUAAAUUGCAGUCAUUCUCCUUUUAUUUUUCAGAUAAAGGAAAUGUCUCCUCUGGCAACCCUUUUGAAAAGUAGCAAUUAUGAAAAAAAAAAUUCAUUCAAUAUGGGAUUAGCUCCAAAAAGCUAUUAAUGAAUAUUAAGCCAGUGAUUCACUAAAAUUGACUCACCAUUUCACAAACUUCCAACAGACUAUUUUCACCCAGUCAGGGGUACCGCCUGCCCUCGCUAUGUUCAAGCUACUGUGCCCAGGGAACACACCGUGGAAAACAAAUGUACACACAGCACCUCUGCUCUCUCCCCAGGAAACACUGUUCAGCUUUCCAACACUUCAUAAUGACACUCUGCUCUAUAUUCCUAAUGGCAACUUAUGAAGAAAAGUGACAGAGCCAUCAUUAUGCACUUGGGAGAAAAUGAAGGGCUUACUUAAUUAAACUUAAAUAAGCACAUUCAUUUUGGUCAAGGCCGUGCUAAUGAAAAGACAUGGAAAAGCUAUAAAUAGAAUAGAGUCACUAGGAUACAUUUUAUGUAUUUCCCACUAGGUUUUUAUGUGAGAUUAUCUCAUCUUCCAAACUUUUUCAUUCUGAAAUUUUCUCUUUUCUUAACAA